UUCUAUAUACCGUAAGAAAGCAAUAUAUUGCAUUCACGGUAUAUAGCAUCCAUAUAUAUAAAUUUUUUGCUAAUUAAAUUAAGUAUUUAAAAAACCCAAGAUCAGUUGUAACCUGCUAACUGUUUUUGUUUUCUUCGUAUGUCAAAAAUGAUUAAUUUGACAAAUUAUUUGUAAACGAAAAUUUUGUCAAAAUAUUACAAAUUUGUUAUUAUAUUUUAUAAACAAGUAAUAUUAUCACCACAAAUGAUUAUACAAAGUGGUUUGAGCUAAAAAUAGAAUCAACAACAGCAAUUGUAAAAAAUCCCUAAAAAGAUUCGACCUGAUGGACUACCCCAGAAGUCCUUCGAAAGGAAGAACAUGGAGAAAACGAAAAAAUGCGCGAAUUAACAAGCAAAUUCGAACUAUUUCGUAUGCUGGGCUAUUUUCUUGGUCACUAAAUAAUGGCUUAGUUCUAAAAGCAGUCACUCCAAAGGUUUUUAAAAAAACAGGAAGAGGUUUGAAAACUACUAAAUCUGUAAGUCCAGGAGAUUUGAUUAUAGCACUGCCUUUAAAUCUUCUUAUAACUUUUGACACUAUUUUGGAAAACAAUGAUUUAAAUUUUAUUUUUCGGAAUCAUCCAUCAAUAUGUCAAAAAUAUUUAUUUAUACUGUUUUUAUUAAUUGAAAAAAAGAAAGGUGAAAAUUCGUAUUUUUUUCAUUACUUAAACACAUUACCAGAGAAUUUUAGCACACCUUCUUAUAUUAGUCAAGAUGAAAUGCAGUUAUGUCCAAAUUUUAUACAAGAAGAAACUGGUUUACAAAACAGACAGAUUUUAAAUGCCAUUAAGCAUAUUUCUUGUAUACAUAGUCUAAUUGCAAAUGACUUAAGUUGUAUAGAUAGUGAAGUUAAAUGGGCUUGGAAUGUUAUUAAUACUAGAUCAGUGUAUUUUAAUGCAAAGCACUUAAAGUGCUUCAAAAAUAUUUCAUCUAUUAAUGUUGAUUUUGCUUUAGCACCUGUUUUGGAUCUAUUGAAUCAUAAUGACACAGCUAAUGUUGUAGCAGGCUUUAAUAAAAGUACAAAACAUUAUGAAGUUCACACCAAUGACAUUUACACACCUGGCUCUCAGCUCUUUAUAAAUUAUGGCCCACACAGUAAUAGAAAGUUGUUUUGUGAAUAUGGUUUUGUUUUGCCAUUUAAUAUGAACGAUACUAUACCUAUUCCAUCAGAUAUUCUUUAUAAUCAUUUUAAUUCAACGAAUGGAUCUAUAGAUAUUUUGGAUUUUAAUAAAUUGUAUCUUGCUACUGAUGGUUUCAGCUGGGUUUUCGAGGCUGUUGCUCAUUUUAAAGAAAGCAACACACCCUCUCAAAGCGACAUACUCUCUCUAAGUUUUUAUAAAAAUUUUAAUAUCAAACCUUGUGUUGGUUCAUGCAUUAUUGAAGGUUUUAAAAGAAAAGUUCUUGGUUUAAUGAUUGAAGAACAUAGAAGAUGUUUAAGAAGUUUACAUUGUUUAACAUUGCCGCACCAAACAUCACCUAUUGUUGUUGCAAAAAUACUUAUUGAAUCUGAAAUAAAUUUAAUGUUAAAAAUUAUGAAAUCAUUAGAUACUAAAUGUCUUUUGGAUUUUAGUUUAUAAAAGUUUAAAAUAUCUUUUUUA